ACGGGUACCCAAGAAGCUUCGGUUGCGCGUGUGCUUCCCCAGGUCCUGGCAGCGCCAUCCGGCUGGAGGGAGAGGACUCUGGCACUCUUGUUUUGUCACUGCAAAGGAACAGUGGAUGUUUUUAUUUUUAUUUUCAUUUCCAUUUCCAUUUUUUCUGGAUGUACAUGGGCGCACUGCCAACAGGGACAAAGCAGCAAAGCGGCAAUCCACGACGUCGGUAUCGAUGGAAAAAAUAAGUUGACUGCCCGUGGAAGAAUUUUGUUUUCCUCGUUCCAAGGAAGAGGAGAGCUCAUUUUAUCAAAAUGAUUCGGAUUUCAAGAAUCAAGGGAGUGCGGGAGUAGUGACAUUCAGAGGAAGACAGCGACCCACAUUUUGUGAACACUGCACGAACGUCAAUAUCCUAAACGCCGUAUAUCGAUGGUCACAUUUCCGCGCGACGCUGCUUGAAAAUGUGUUACACGGCAACGUUACAUAGGUAAAGAUUUGUUUGACGAGAGGCUUUUUGCCUGCGUGAAAAGCCAAAUACAAGUAAGCUAGCAAGUGACAAGCUAGCGAGCGUGGCCUGAUUUAGACCCAGCUAACUUCUGCAAACUGAAUGCAGCACUGGCAGUGGGAACAGCGUCGGUGCUGGAUCAGACAAUAUGGCAAACAUGAGGAAAUUGAAAAGAUGAACGCACUGUGUUCUAUGUAAAUGCACAUCGAUUUCCCUUUUCUUUCCAAAAAGGGGGAAAUCAAAUCGAAUUUGGGGUGAGGAGAGUUGCUCGUCACUUCCAACAUGCGGGAGAUUUAAGGCUGUGUAACAUUUAUUUAUUGUGGGGGGAGCGGGAUUUAUUUUUGUGGCAUCAACAUUUUAGCCUGUUCAGUUUAUUCUGUAAAGCAAGCAGAUUCUUCUACAGAAAUUCUUUAAGAAGCUUAAUAUUGCAUUAGUCGUUAGCAUUUUGCACGCAAUAGUAAGGGUCCAUUUUCAGAACUAGGUCAGAUUCGUAGAAUGAUAAACCUGGAGGCUCAGUGAGAGUGGGAUAAUUAUGACAACUGACACAUUUAUUUCCUUCUCAUGUCAGAUACUUUUGCUUUGAUUUUGGUUUUUAUAUCGUUACAUAUGACAGCCAAAUGACAGUUUGAAAACCACUGCCUCUAGCUUGACAAGUCACAUAUCUAGUCUGUUCACCGUGAGAUCUCACUAGGGACCCAUUUUUGCUCCAGUUCUUUUCCUCCCCUUGUUUUUGUUUUGAGUGGAUGGCUCUCUGCGGAACAACGGCAACUAAUGCCGCAAAGAUGAUGGCCGCGUACAACGGUGGUGCCUCAGCAGUGGCGGCACACCACCCGCACCAUCACCACCAACUACCGCACCUUCCACCUCCUCACCUCCACCACCACCACCACCCCGGACAACAUCAUCUGCAGCAUCCUGGCUCGGCCGCCGCCGUCCAUCCCGUUCAACAGCACGCCUCUACGGCUGCGGCAGCCGCGGCCGCUGCUGCGGCGGCGGUGAUGCUGAACCCGAGCCAGCAGCAACCGUACUUUCCCUCGCCAGCUCCUGGACAAGCUCCGGGCCCGGCAGCGGCUGCUGCACCAGCCCAGGUUCAAGCUGCCGCGGCUGUCAAAGCUCACCACCACCACCACCAUCAGCAUUCGCAUCAUUUACAACAACAGCUGGACAUAGAACCAGACAGGCCCAUUGGAUACGGAGCGUUUGGAGUGGUUUGGUCAGUGACAGAUCCAAGAGAUGGCAAACGGGUCGCCCUCAAAAAGAUGCCCAACGUCUUCCAGAACCUUGUUUCCUGCAAGAGGGUCUUCCGCGAGCUGAAGAUGCUCUGUUUCUUCAAGCAUGACAAUGUCCUGUCAGCUCUUGACAUUCUGCAGCCUCCUCAUAUCGACUACUUCGAGGAAAUCUACGUGGUGACAGAGCUGAUGCAGAGCGACCUUCACAAGAUCAUCGUGUCCCCUCAGCCCCUCAGCUCUGACCACGUCAAAGUCUUUCUUUACCAGAUACUGAGAGGGCUGAAGUACCUGCACUCAGCUGGCAUUCUUCAUCGAGACAUUAAGCCUGGGAACCUUCUGGUCAACAGCAACUGUGUCCUUAAGAUCUGCGACUUUGGCCUGGCACGAGUGGAGGAGCUAGACGAGUCUCGUCACAUGACUCAGGAGGUGGUGACGCAGUACUACCGUGCCCCGGAGAUUCUCAUGGGCAGUCGGCACUACUCCAAUGCCAUUGACAUCUGGUCCGUCGGCUGCAUUUUCGCCGAGCUGCUCGGGCGACGAAUCCUCUUCCAGGCACAGAGUCCCAUCCAGCAGCUGGACCUGAUCACAGACCUGCUGGGGACCCCGUCUCUUGAGGCCAUGAGGACUGCGUGUGAGGGGGCCAGAGCGCACAUCCUGCGGGGACCCCACAAACAGCCAUCUCUUCCGGUCCUCUACACACUGUCCAGUCAGGCCACACAUGAAGCCGUUCACCUUCUCUGCAGGAUGCUCGUGUUUGAUCCGUCAAAGCGGAUUUCCGCCAAGGAUGCUCUGGCUCACCCGUACCUGGACGAGGGCCGCCUGCGCUACCACACCUGCAUGUGCAAGUGCUGCUACACCACCUCCACGGGCCGCGUCUACACCAGCGACUUCGAGCCCGUCACCAACCCCAAGUUUGACGACGGCUUUGAGAAGAAUCUGACGUCAGUCAGGCAGGUGAAAGAGAUCAUCCACCAGUUCAUACUGGAGCAGCAGAAGGGAAACCGGGUGCCACUCUGCAUCAACCCCCAGUCUGCCGCUUUCAAAAGCUUCAUCAGCUCCACGGUGGCUCAGCCGUCUGAGAUGCCCCCAUCUCCUCUGGUGUGGGAGUGAAGCCCACUGAAUGCUGGGAAGCUCCAGCCCCCAGGUGGCCACAGCCCCGCCCCAGUGUCCUCCACAUGAACCUCACCCCCACCCCAACCACGAACCCCCUCACUCCGAACUACUGAAGAGGACCAGGCAUCUCCAAGAAAACUACGUAGCAUUUCACUGGAGUCUAGGACUAGCAAAGAAAGAUGUUUUCUGAUCACAUUGUGAACUGUAAUACUAACUGAAGAUGGAUUUUUUUUCCUUUUUUUUUUUGUUUGUUUUCUUUUUUGUUAAUGUACCAACCACUGCUGAUUUAGAGUGUGCUUUUGUUAGAUAUAAUGGGGGACGGAGGGGUAGGGCUCAUGUGUAUUUAAGGUGAGCAUAAAGUUUGUGAAUACUCUCUCACACACACACACACACACACACACACACAUACACAUGCACUAAGGUUUGUAUGUAUGUGUGUGUGUGUGUGUGUGUGUGUGUGUUCACGUGUUUGUGUGUUUAUGGAGCCCCCUGGCCCACCGUGGACAAGAGUGUUACUUGGGCCUGGGGCUCUCUGCCUCCUGUUGAAGGAAACAUGUGGCUGUCGAAGAUCUUAGAGGAAGGAAGAGGAAGAGGAAGAAGAAGUGAUGGAAGAGCAUUCACAUGCGUAGUGUAGAUAAUUCUUUGUUCAUUUGUCUCCAAGAGGUUGGAAGGCUGUUUGUUCUGUUCUGCAGCGAGCAGAAGACACCAGGCUUUCGUCCUCUUUUUCUCUCCUUCUCUCUCUUAUGCCCUCUCACUCUCUCCAACUGUCUUGACUGAAAGGAUGACCUGAAUGUGAUUUUUUUUUUUUUUAAUACUCUCUCAUACUGUGUAAGCAUUAUAAUAAGAAGUUAGGGUAUGUUAGUUUUUUUUUCUAGGUGUUUGCCUUUCACUUUCUAUCUCUUUCAGUCUCCUCCUUGUCCAUUCCUACUUUUGUAGAAACAGUCAGUACUUGAUUUUUGGUUUGUUUGUUUUCCUCCCGUCAGCGUAUUCGAUGAACUCUUAGGUCCGUGUUGAGUCUGUGUUUGCUUAUAACAGCACAUACGGCAGAGCAAUGAGGCUGUGGCCUUGCAGAGAAGCUUGGAAACGGGCAGUUGAGGGCGUCCUGAAAAGAGGUGGGCAUCACCAGAGGUCCCACCUGGAUCAAGUCUUGUGGACAAAACUGAGAGAGAGAGAAGUGUUUUCACAGACUAGGGGGGGGGGGCGGGGGUAGUCCCUUACGUCUCCUGGUUUUGAUCAUGGCUCAUCUGAUAUUUAAAGGUGGGUCCGAGACAGUCUCCAGCGUAUGGUAUAGACCUGAUCGUAGCAGAUUUGGUCAUGCCAGGUCCUUAACUUUUGAGAACAGAGGAGAUGAGCUCGUGCUUGUUGAGCAGUCUCUGUUCAGGAAGAGAUAGGUGAGCGCACAAGAGGAGGGUGCAGUCUCUGUUCAGGAAGAGAUAGGUGAGCGCACAAGAGUAGGGUGCAGUCUCUGUUCAGGAAGAGAUAGGUGAGCGCACAAAAGGAGGGUGCAGCUCGGCCUCUUGGAGUUGGCAGCCGAUGUGAUCACGUGGCGCAUCUGUCUGCUGUAAUGAGGACAGUGACCACAGGCAAACAGGCACAUAGGUAGAAAGAAAGAAAGAAAGAAAAAAAGAAAAAAGUUUAAGUGUCGAGUUGAACAGUAGGGGCAAAUCAGCAGACAUUAGGAAAUGACUGACUUGACACUGAGGCUCAUAGGUGUUGUUAGACCAUUCCUUGAAGAUAUUUAAUUUAUUCCAUGUGUGUGUGUGAGAGCAAAUGGAUAAUGGUGGUGUAUGCAUCCUUGCGUAAAUACCAUGCUAGAGACUUGUAUUAACCUUUGUUCAUUGAUUUGUUCAUUCGCUUGUUCAUCUGCUGAAAUGGACCACCAUAGAGUGGGAGCAGGAGAGAGGACAGAUGUGUUGUAAAAGCUGCCCCCUAGCUUUCAGUCGGCCUGUUUUGUCUCUGCCAGCCCCAGAGAAGGCACUGACGUCCAGUCAGGAGAGAGAGGAGCGCUAAUGUAGGCUUUUCGUUCCCAGGAUAAAACCAGAGGAACAUUCGCACCCCAUUACUCAAACACUGUAUAGCCACACUCUCUUACCUAUCCAUACCCACCUAGAAGCAGGAAAAAAAAGAGAGAAACUAUUUAAUAUAUUUUUAGAUGAUUUUUUAAUUAUUAUUUCUUUUUAAUGUUUCAAUGGCAUGCUCUCAUGACCCACUGAAUAUGUUAUGUAAAUACAUGAGUAGCUACUAGGAUAAAACGGCAGAGAAUUCUACAGUGGAUUAAAAAAAACUUGCAGUACCUAAAAAAAACUGAGGAAGACUCCAACAUUACUGCUGUAUAGAUAGGGAGGCCUGCACAUUUUAGGGCUGUACAUUUUUUUUGUGUGUGUUCCUCUCUCUUCUUUUUUUCUUUUUUUUCUGAGACUCACAUAUAAUUGUAUAUAAUUUUGUUUUCGUUUUCUCUUUUCUUAACUCCCCCUGCAGUAAGAAAGUGUUCAGAGAUAAUCCAAAUUAUUAUUAUUUCUGAUUAACUCAGGCAAAAACACAUAGCCAAUUAUGUUAAUUGUGUAUUGUGUGUACUUCAGAGCUGUGGAUAUGAGUAUCGAAGUAGAAGCCCUCUUUUAUUAUUAUUAUUAAUUUUUAUUAUUGUUAUUAUUAUUAUUAUUAAUUAUUACUAUUAUUUUCUCCUUUAGACAACAAAACACUGAACUAUUUGUGUAUAUGUAUAUAAUGGAUUCACAAUGUUGGUCUCUACCUCUUGAGCUCAAUGACUUGGUUGUUUACCUCCACAUUUUUGAUUUUCUGUGGAGAUUUAAAACUUGAAUGUCCCUUCCAGUUUUUAUAGUCCUACAAGUAAAAAAAACUCCCACUAUGGAAUGAAAGUCAUCAUCAAAAUUCAGAUUACAUUAAGAGGAGGAGGCCCCUUGUAUUCCUAUUUGGAAAAUUACAUACUUAUUCUUGGCCAAGUAUUCUCUGACUGUUAGUUCACAGAAAUCCUAUUUGACGUGUCAACCUUCAGUAAUUGAGGUGAUAGUUUUUGUUCAAAUGAAGUACAAAUACAUGGUAAUGCUUGUAUUUUCAGGGGGAUAUGUAAAAAUGACAACAUGCAAAUGAAAACAAAAGAUACAAUGGUAGUGUGCGGUGUGAGAGACAUCAAAGGGUAAAUAGGUACUACUUCUGUCAGGCAUUUUUAUAAGACAUUUGAAGUUUAUAUUCAGAGGUAAUGGUAUUUCAAUACAUUUUACGAUAUAUAUUAAAGAGAGCUGUUAGUUGCCUGAAAGCUUAUGAUGGUCAAACCGAGGGACUGGGAGACAGAUGAAUUUAAAUCUUCCGUUGGGUUAAAAAAUAAAACCAUGUUUGGUCUCUCAACAAAAAUGUAGAUUUGAAGUACCGUGGUCAAGCUCAUUAAAUGUUGACAUUUAAAAAAAUGACAAAACAA